GAUAGAGCAAUUUCGGGGCCGUCGUCUUCCCUCUUCGGCAGGGUGUUUUUGGUAUACAAAAAUAUAAUAAAGGAUUCACACAAUCGGCGGACCUAAAGGCAUCAAUGCCAGCCCAGAAGCGGUCAUUGCCGGGGAAUCUCGACGAUGAAGAAGACUCCAGUCUGCAUCACCAAAGCCACACCAAGCAAUCUGGGAACGAAGAUGGCCAACUCGAAGAAGCUGAGGCUGACACAACCCAAAUGGAGGAACAACAGCCCGAGCCGGAACAAGAACAGGAGCAACAGAAACAAGACCCCGAUGAACAAGACCAACAAGCUCAACAACUCCAAGCCAAAGAAGAAGAUGAAGAUGGCGAUGGGGAUGGAGAAGACGAAGAUGAUUCUGAUGGGAGCCAAUCUUCUACUUCUCAAGAGAAACCCGAAUAUGUCUUCGUAGAGCUUCCAGAAAUUCGUAAAGAUGUUCAAUGCCCAAUUUGUUUAGGAAUCAUAAAGAAAACAAGAACUGUAAUGGAAUGCCUACACCGUUUUUGCAGAGAAUGCAUUGACAAAUCAAUGCGACUGGGGAACAAUGAGUGUCCUGCUUGCCGUACGCAUUGUGCUAGUCGGCGUUCUCUAAGAGAUGAUCCAAACUAUGAUGCCUUAAUUGCAGCUUUAUAUCCGGAUAUUGAUAAGUAUGAAGAACAGGAAUUGGCUUUUCACGAAGAGGAAAGGACUCGCAAUAAGCAGAUCCAAGCAUCAAUUGCCCAAGUUUUACAGAGACAAUCAGAAGCACUCGUUAAACGGCGUAGUCUUCGAAAAGAGAGCAGUGCAGGUGGGUUUAUUACUAGAUCACAACGCCAUCAUCUGAGUAGUCAUCCUCGUAGACGACGGAACUCCAGCGGAGCUGAGCAUCAAGGAUCUGAAGACAAUGAAAAUGAUGAUAAUGGAGGCAAAGAUUCAUCUUCCACAGAUGAGCGAUGUACAGAAGUGAGGCAGAGAAGGCGCAAAAGACGGACUGGAAUCCGGAUGUCGCUGCCUUCUUCAUCAGCGGUAAACUCAGAUGGUGGAUAUGUUCAAAAUGAUGCAGAAGUGUCUAGAGACUGCCGGGGCAUUUCUCCUGGGCUUGUCUGGAACCCGGAUUUGCUUGCUUGGGGGAGAGGUGGUGCUCGGAGUCACACUCGACAUGGAAAUUCUGGAAGUGGCAGUAGCAAGAGUUCUCGUGCUCGCUUAAAUAGAUUGGUAGAGUAUCUUAGGAGCUUGGAGGAAAACGAUGCUGAGUUGGAUGUUCAUCUCAAGCUUAUUUCGGUGGACGAACACAGCACAUCAAGUUUGCACCAACCCUACCUUUGUUGUCGGCCCAGUCUGUCUGUUAAGCAGCUAUACGAAUACAUUGCUCUUCAGACACCAUUGCGAGCUGAAGAAGUAGAAAUAUUAAUGGUAAAGGGACCAUAUCGAACCAAUGAAAACUGCGCCAACCUCUCGGAGGACGCACUUCAAGUCUUGGAAGGUCAAGAAACUUUGGCAGGGCUUAAGGUCAAGCGGACUUCCGGAAUGAAUCAUUUGAUAUUAGCAUAUCGGCAGAGGCAAAGCAGCUAAGCACAAUUGCGGCAUUGUCGAAAACAACAGCUCUACAAGACAGAGGUUGUUGACAGUUGCCUCUGAUAAUUUAAAGUUGAAUUUUGUAUGUACAUACACGGAUUUGGCAGGUGUUUGGUGGCUUGAUGAAACCAUUGGUUAGUUGGCUUCUAGGUGAUGUAAUAUUUAGGACAUUAGACUCGGGAUUUUCGAGGAUGCUAUCAAGAACUCAACUGUUUGGCUUUUACUUGGUAGGACUGGAUGGAUAGGGUGUUAUAACAUG